CCUGGGCCCGCUGGGAGACACUCCAUGCUGCCCCGUCAGGUGCAAAGGCUGGGCAGAGACUGGAUUGCCCACUGGAAUGGUUCUCAGAUACUCACCUUGAACAGCCCAGUUUCCAGCUAUAUGAGAUGGGCUGGACACUAUCCCUGGGCCUCAUUUCCACUUCCUGUUCCUGUUGAUUUCUCAUCAAACUGGAGACUCCCUCAAUUUUUUGGACCUUGGAGACAAUUUCAGAAUUCAAAUUGGCAGCUUGAUAACUUCAUGCAAAGUUCCUGCUUCCACCUACCUAACCCCAGCAUGAAAUCUGAGAAAGAAGAACCAUUGAUAAAGAAGAGAAGACUUGUUGACCAGUGUGAUACUUCACCUCCUGAAGAAGAAAUAAACUUCCCAAAUCAGAAGGAAACAUUGUGUCAUUGUGUAGCACAGAAUGAGGGAAAACACAGCAGCAAGAAAGGAUCCAUCAAAAGACACUGGGAAUAUUUCUGUCAGCACAGUAGAACAAUGAAAAUAAAGGACUUUAAAAAUAAAGAAAGCGACCAAAGCAAUACAGAAAGUGAACCAAAAUUUGAUUUUACAGUCAUGUCUUACAAUAUCCUCUCACAGAAUUUGUUAGAAGAUAACUCCCACCUGUACAAACACUGCAGACAACGACUGUUAAUGUGGGCUUACAGAUUUCCCAACAUUCUACAAGAAAUCAAACAGCUGGAUGCAGAUGUACUCUGUUUACAGGAAGUCCAAGAAGACCACUACAGAACAGAGAUCAAGUCAAGUUUGGAAUCCCUGGGGUAUCACUGUGAGUAUAAAAUGAGGACAGGGAGAAAACCUGAUGGCUGCGCUAUUUGCUUCAAAACUUCCAAAUUUAGCCUGCUUUCAGCAAACCCUGUUGAAUUUUUUCGCCAUGAUAUUCCACUCUUGGACAGAGACAAUGUUGGACUGGUGUUGCUUCUGCAGCCUAGACUUCACUGUAAAACUAAUGCUGCAAUCUGUAUAGCAAACACACAUCUGCUAUACAACCCAAGGCGAGGGGACAUCAAACUGACCCAACUUGCAAUGCUUCUGGCAGAGAUUGCUAGUGUUGCCCCUCAGAAGGAUGGGACCUUCUGUCCAAUUAUCAUCUGUGGUGACUUCAAUUCUGUUCCUGGUUCUCCAUUGUACAGAUUUAUAAAGGAAGGAAAGUUAAAUUACGAAGGACUCGCUAUAGGAAAGGUCUCUGGACAAGAACAGUUUCCAAGAGGACAAAGAAUCUUAUCUAUUCCAAUUUGGCCAAAACAAUUGGGUAUUUCACAAAACUGUGUAUAUGAAAUAAAACAGCAACAAAAAGAAGAAAACGCAGGAGAAAAAUUGGAAGCAGCAAAACAGGACAACACUCAGGAGAUUGUGAUAGCAUCUGAGAAGUCACCUUCAAAAUUGCAGCACCAUUUUAAACUGUCUUCAGUCUAUUCUCAUUAUUUUCCUGAAACUGGGAUACCAGAAGUAACAACUUGUCAUUCCCGAAGUGCUGUCACCGUGGAUUAUAUUUUCUUUUCUGCAGCAAAUGAUGAUACUGAUGCCCAGUCAGGAGCAGAGGAUUCUUUUCAUGGAGGUCUGAAACUUCUUGGCAGGUUGGCACUUCUAACAGAGAAAGAUCUUUGGACUGUUAACGGUCUCCCCAAUGAAAAUAACUCUUCUGACCACUUGCCAUUGCUAGCAGAGUUCAGGCUUAUUGAACGGUAAUAGCUAAAGGACUUUUCGUGUAGGUAAAGUUACUUUCACCUUCCUUGUCUGUGUGAUUAUUUUUUUAAAGGUUUAUUCAAGCACUGCUGGUCCGGUUUAAGUAAGUUUGCAUGCAUGAUGAUUUGUUAGUGUCAUGUAAAGCAGACUUUUUAAAGAGACUUUUUAGAAACAAAACAAAAAACACAUUUAAAUUACUUUAAGAAGUCUUUGAGUCAAAAAGGAAAAGAUUUUAGAUUGGCUUUCUCUUUAAUGGAAAAUAUCCGUGCCAGUCUCAACAUGGCAUUAUUUUUCACGGUGAUGCUG